UAAACGGUGGAAUUUCCGCGCCACGCGUACGUGAUUCGAGAGGCAAAGUUCGUGUUCUUCGCGGCCAGAAUUCGAAUCUCCAAGACCCCAAUCGGGUCGCAGUGGCUCGUAGCCGGGUUUUGCAACUUGGAGAUCACCAGAGCAAUGAAGAAAGCAACAACAGGCAGCAUCGUUCUUCUUUUAGUUUUGCUUUCUCUUCAAGACUUUGUUCAUUUUGCAUUGGCGCUACCUCCUUCAGAGAGUAAUCAGGACGAGGAGCAAUCUGCAACUACGAGACCUCUCGAGCAAGACAAAGAGCAUUUUGAGGAAGUUCAUUGUUCCAGAGAAAGAAGUAGGACAGCCUGGAAUAUUCUUGAGGAGCAUUUGCUGCCGUUUGUUGAGAAGGAGAAUUAUCAGGUUUCAACCAAGUGUAGGCUUCAUCCAAACAAUGAUCUCUUCAGAGAUCAGGAGCAGCACAAGAUUCAUUUUGAUAUAAAUCAUUGGCAGUGUGGAUACUGUCGCAAAAGCUUUCGUGCUGAAAAAUUUCUUGAUAAGCAUUUCGACAACAGACAUUACGAUCUUCUGAAUGUUAGUCACGGGAAGUGCUUAGCUGAUUUAUGUGGGGCUUUACAUUGUGACCUAAAGAUGGAUAUCAAGUCACGUAAAUCUAAAUGCAAGCCUGCAGCUGCAGCUAGGAACAAGCAUUUAUGUGAGAGUCUUGCUGAUACUUGUUUUCCAAUUAAUGAGGGACCAUCAGCAAGCCGUCUUCAUGAGUUGUUUCUUCACCAAUUCUGUGGAGCUCAUUCUUGCACUGAGAAACAAAAGCCAUUUUCUAGAGGAGCGGAGAGGCAACCAGGCAUCUUUUACAUGGCAUCUUCAAUACUGAUUUUGAUGUUGCUACCGAUUUUCUAUGUCAUUGUCUAUUUGCACCGCAGAGAAUCGAGAAACGGAAUCGAAGUGCUUAGAAGAAUCUCAAAGUCUGGACGUAAAACCAAACCCUUGUAACUGGUAUCACCUUCAACCAAACUUCACUAUUAGAUUUUUAAGUUCGUCAACUCUGGGGCUCUAAUUGUUUGUGGCCAAGGGUAGAAUAUCAUAGCCAAAUGUUCUAUAGCCAUGGUGUCACCUAAAUGUACCUCCGACAUAUCUUGCAUUAAACUAAGUGAGUUCUUUUUGUUCUCCGGCAUUUGCAUCUUUCUUUGUCAU